AUGAGCCUCCGCGCGGCAGCGGCCGCAGCAGCGUCGCACAAAGGCAAAGGCCGCGCGACAUCCAUCGACGACGAGCCAAUAUCUCCAAAUACAGAGCGCACUCCGCUACUCGCAGGCUCAUCCACAUCUUCCUAUGCCACCGCCUCCUCGUCCGGGGACCCCGAGGGUCACACCCGACCACACCGAUCGCCGUGGAGAAGUCUGCUCACUGCUCUGCUCGCUAUACUCUGUGUAUCCUUCGUAGUCGGCUUUUUGCUUAUAUUGCUCGCAUACUCCUACGCGGCAGAGGCAUCCAAAGCACCGCCCGCCGACCUCCUCGCCCGCGCACUCGCCCUUCGCGGGCCAGACUCACUUGAUGUAUUAAAUAUCACGCACACACCAGAAGGAACGACGGAGAUCUACGUAGAAGUGGGCGGGAGGAUAGGCGUCGACGCAGGCGCGGCGCUAGGCGUGAAGGACGACCCGGACGACAGCGUCUUCCAGAGCGCCUGGAAGGGCUUGGGGAGGUGGGGCAUCGGCCGGCUCUCCUCCGCCAGCGUCGCACUCGACACAAUAUCCAUCUCCUCUCUCGACGGCGUGCACCUCGCCUCGAUCGACCUCCCGCCAGUAUCUGUGCCUCUGAACCCGGCACCCCCACGAGGAGACGGGUGGUUGGCGCCCGUACGCGUUCCAUUACGUGUAAGGCCCACCGACGACGUCCAGGCGUGGAUAGACUUUGCGAAGGAGUCCUGGCAGAAGGGAUUCGUCGCCGCCAAGAUCGUUGUGCCGCGCGUGGCCGUCUCUGGAGGCGGGCUGCGCGAAAGGAGCUGGAGGAGACUCGUAAAGGCGGACAGGACGGACGUUGCGCUUUCAUUAAGGCACAGGAUCCCGCACUUACCCGGCCUGCCCGCACCAGGAUCUGGUGCUCCCCUACCCGCUCCGCGCGACCUCGUAACGCUCAAAUCGUUCAACCUCCACCCCUCAAAGUCCAACUCCACCGUCCCAGGUCAACGACACAACAGAACACUCGCACUCGACGCCAAAGCCUCGCUCCUCAACCCCGUGCCAGAAGAAUGGAACAUCAGCCUCACGGUGCCCUCGCUACCCUUCACCGUUUCCCUCCCCGGCCCCAACACCUCAUCGGCCGCGAUCCCACUCGCAAACGUCUCGACGACCCCAUUCGGACUCACACAUCCGAACAUCACCCUGUCGCUCUCAGGCUCCCUACUCCCCUUCCUCGCCUCCGCCUCGCCCGUCCUCGGCGCCCUGGUCCAGAACUACCUCGCUCAGCUCCCCUCGCCCGUGCUCGUCUCCACACCGCUGUUACCCUCGUUGCAGCUCGAAGCGUCUUUCCCGGGUCCCAAUUCAAAACCGAAAGUGCUGCGAGAUGUCAAGCUAGAGGAUAUGAAGAUUAAGCCUGUGGGACAAAAGUUCCUCGCGAGCGGGAACGUGUUGGCGAGGGUUGUGUUGCCUAAAGCGAUGAACGUGCCGUUGGACGUGAACGCGGUGUUGCCGGAUGUGCUUGUAUUCGAUGGGCCCGUACCUGGAGAGGGAGAGGAGGAAGAUGCCGAGGAUGACUUCGGUUGGGGCUUCGGCUGGGGAAGGAGGAAGGACGACGACAAUGACGACGACAACGACAGCGACGUCCCGCCCGCACCUCCCCUCCCCGACCCCCUCCCGCCCCGCGCAUUCGCCCGCAUCCGCCCCGACACCUUCCUUGAUGCCACAUCCGCCCCGGGCCACCCCACACCCGAAGAACGCACCGAGCCGAACGGCGUCGGCACCGUCACGCUCGUCCACGCCCGCAUCGAAGACGUCCCGCUCGAAGUCCUACCUGGCCGCCAGCGCGAGUUCGGCGACUUUGUGGGCAAGGUCGUGUUUGGGACGCAUGGGGCUGUUGCGGGUGUGAGAGGGACGGCUGCGGUGAGGGUGCAGAUUGGCGGGUUGCCGGUUGUUGGUGACGGAGAGGAGGGGGAGGGGGUCGUGUUGAGCGGGUUGCCGUUUGAGGGGAGUGUGAGGGUGGGGAAGAAGGCGUAG